CUUCCUCUCACAUGGUUUUGUGUACAUUUACCCGUUGCUAAGAGCACUUAUCUCACUGUCACAGUAGUUCCUGCUCCCUUUUUAUAGCAACAGACUGAAAGACGGGUUAUAAGAAGAUGAAAGUGGUUGCGUUAAUCAGUGGGGGCAAAGACAGCUGCUACAACAUGAUGCAGUGUGUUGCUGCUGGACACAAGAUUGUGGCUCUGGCCAACCUGCGUCCCGCUCACACAGAUGAAUUGGACAGCUACAUGUACCAGACGGUGGGUCAUCAGGCAAUAGAGCUGUACGCUGAUGCAAUGGAGUUGCCUCUUUAUAGACGUACCAUACAAGGUUCCAGCCUGGACACGAGCAGAAAUUACAGUCAGACAGAAGGGGAUGAGGUGGAAGACCUGUAUCAGCUGCUGUACCUCGUUAAGGAAAAGGAGGCCGUUGAGGCAGUGUCUGUAGGAGCUAUUCUAUCCGAUUACCAGAGGGUCCGUGUGGAAAAUGUAUGUCUGCGGCUUGGUCUGCAGCCCCUGGCUUACCUGUGGCGCCGAGACCAAGAGUCGCUGCUCUCUGAGAUGAUAUCAUCUGACCUACAUGCCAUCCUCAUCAAAGUUGCUGCUUUUGGCCUGGAUCCAGAGAAGCACUUAGGAAAAUCCCUGGCCGAUAUGCAGCCCUAUUUGAAACAGCUCUCUGACAAGUAUGGAGUCCAUAUUUGUGGUGAGGGAGGUGAAUAUGAAACCUUCACACUCGAUUGUCCAAUCUUCAAAAAGAAGAUAACAAUAGAUGAAGCCGAGACAGUGAUUCACUCUGCAGAUGCUUUUGCUCCAGUUGGCUACCUGCGCUUCACCAAAAUGCAUGCAGAGGACAAGCACAGCGAUGCGGUGGUGAGAGCUUUGCCCCAUGGUAGUUGUCCUUGCCAGAGCGCCAUUGACAAGAUGACUGAGGAGGUGGAAUAUGCUGAUCAAGCUGAAGACAACCAGCACAAAUUUACAUCAAACUGUGACCUUAGUUGUCACUGGGGCCACGACGAGCCUCCAUCCUGCUCCAAAAGGUGUUCAAGGGGCUAUCAGUGGAUCUCAGGCAUCAAUGGACUUAGGAGCCAAGAUCUUGGGAUUGAGGGCCAGACACUGGCAGCUUUAGCUAUGCUUCAAGAUGAGUUGCAAAACAAGGCUUGGAAAAUGAAGGACAUCGUCUUGGUUCAUCUCUAUGUGAGGAAUAUGGAGGAUUUUGUUUCUCUCAAUGCAGUUUACAAGAAAUAUUUCGACAUAAAUCCUCCAGCCAGGGUUUGUGUCCAGGCGCCUCUGCCUGCCGGACAGCUGCUGCAGAUGGACUGUCUCCUCCAUGACUGGACCGAACCCCUGGAGGAAGGCUGUUUCCGCCACAAAGAAGCCCUUCAUGUCCAGAGCCUCUCCCACUGGGCCCCCGCUAACAUCGGGCCGUACAGCCAGGCCUUCAAGGUGGAUGAGUUGGUGUUCUGUGCAGGACAAAUUCCUUUGGUCCCCUGCACCAUGUCUUUGGUGAAAGCUGCCACCUCCGUAGAAGCUCAGCUGUCCUUCAGCCACGUGAAGAAGGUACUGGAAGCUGUGAUCCCCAACUUGACUCUGGUCCACGUUGUCCAGGCCCACUGCUACAUCACCAGACACCGAGACAUUGCAACCAUCAGAGCUGUGUGGGAGAGCAUGCUGAAGGCUACAGAGGAAGAGAAGGAGUUGCUGUGGGAAUCUGAGAUCAAACUUGCGCCACUUCUGAUCGUUGUGAUACCUGCUUUACCCAAGGAUGCAGCUGUUGAGCUUCAUGUGACUGCAGUGAAUGACGAUCCCUCCAGAAGAACUUCCCAGCAUGUUACAACAAAGACAGUGUGCGGAUCCAUACAGUGCCACACCAUGUUGUCUGCUGACCGUAGUAGCGCUUCGCUAUCACUUUCGAUGGUCGCCUGCGAGGGCGACCUGGGAAUUGCUGAUGUGAAAAGCAUCACAGAAGAACUUGGCACGGCUUUCAUGAAGGCCACAAAGGCGAUAGAGGCCAAGCUGGUACCGCAGUGUGCAAGGGUGUUCUACAAGUGCAGCCCCUCACCAAUUCAGCAGAUAGUUCAAGGACUUGAAGAAAGUUUACAGAACAGCUUAGGAGAAUCCAGUCCAUCUGUGGCCUUGGUUCCUGUCCUGGGUCUGCCCGACUCCCAGAUUCUCCACUUGUCCUGCUGGCUCAGUUUAUGAAAACACACCUGUAGUCAAGGGGAAGAUUCCCCCAAUCCACAUAUGAUUCAGAGACACUUUUCUGGAAAAGUUACUGGAUUACUUUAGACUUAAAGAAGAACAUAAACGAAGGGGGGAAUGUAAAUUUCCCUUUAGUCUUGACAGUGUUAAAUGAACAAUGUGCAAGUGUGCAGCUGUAGGGAUGUACAGUAUUUGCUGCACCCUUUGGAGUGUCUUUAAUCUAAAGGUGCAUACCAGAAAACUUCUUUCAUUCCAGCAGGCAAUAAACUCCGUUCCAUGAUAUCUUACUGCUUCUGGUGGAAUUUCUCUGACACCGCUCAUCACAGCUGAGCUUCACCUCUGACACUGCCUGUGUCGGUUGCAGACCUAUAGAUUUACUGUGUCAUAGCUUUGCAGAUGUGUGUAAUGUAUUUGUAUGAGGUGAGCGAGUUUCUCUCUCAUGCUCCACAGGGCACAGGGUGUGUUAUUAUUGUGUAAUAGGCAAUCAGUGCCAAGCACCUGAAAAGAUUAAGCCUCUUUAUGUUUUCUAUUGAUUCCAAGGCAGCCUGGUUAAUAGAAGGACACUAGGACACAAAGCUGCAGGGCAAGUGUGUGUCCUCUGUGUGUUGAGGGGGAUAUCAACGGAUGAGUUGUAACCAUGUUGAAAGAAAAUAACACCAUUAACCAUUGCGUCUGACGCAUUUUUUUUCUCUUGAAGAUCAUGAAUAGUAUUGAUAAUCUAAGUUUGAAUGAAUCUUCACUCUGGCAAUUCGCUCCAAUGUGCUCUCAAAGUGGAGCAGGCUAUUGAUCUUUACCCACUACAGUGUUGCUUUGAUUGUUGUCAUCAAAAAUUGAACAAUAGAAGUAGCCAAUAGAGCCUUCAGACUUUUAUUGAGGGUUGGAAAAAUACAAACAAGCAAUUAUUUAUGGGAGCACGCAUUCUGGUCCUAUAUCUAUUCCACCACUUUACUAUGUAUGUUUAGAUUGUCUGUGCAUUGUGAGCAAAAUCAAAUUUCUUAGUGUGCACCAACUUAGCCAAAUAAAACUGAUUCUGAUUGUGUUUGUUCUAUGAUGUUUUAUAGUUCCAGAGUAGAAUCAGAUAUUGUAUUCUUGACAGAUGCUGCUAUUAAUUCCACAUAAAUAUACAUAAAGAAAA